UUGUCCGGCCCAUUUUUGGAGUUUUGUGUAAAUUUAUAAUUAUUUAAUUGUUUUUCCCAUUCUCUGUUAUUCUGAUAAAUGUUUGGUGGCUGUUGCAUGAGAAUUUGUGGCAUGAAAAGUUGGCUUGAUCGUUUGUUCAAAAACCUGUUUGGCAGAGACAGAUAAACAGUUAUAUCAAUUAUUUGGUCAUUUUCAGUUGACUUUCAGUUAGUAAUUAUCUGGUCUGGUAACAAUUGCAUGUCGUGGCCCUUUUCCCAUCCUGCGACUGGGCGAACACUAUAUAAAAGCAAUCAUCGUCAUCGACUUCAGUAUCAAGCCUCACAGCUGUAAAGAUGGCCUUCGCUCUACGCUUGGUCUUCCUCCUCUGUGCGAUUUGUGGACUUUUCACUAAAGUCUCGUCUCUCCAUAAGGAAGAAGUGAAAGACAAUAACUGUCCCAAAGGAUGGACUCGCUUGGACUGUCACUGUUACAUCUACCAACGAAAUCCGAGGAUGCUUGCAGAUGCAGAGAGCAUCUGCAAUAUUCUUGGUGGAAAUGUAAUGUCCAUUCACAAUUCCCUGGAAAACGUGUUUGUUCACGAACUGUUUAAAAGGGAAGCAGCUUUAAAUGACACCGCUGUCUGGACCGGACUCCAUGAUACGCUUGAGAACAAUGAAUUCUUAUGGAUUGAUGGCGUAGAAUUUGAUUUCAGCGCAUUUGAUACGGCUAACGGCGAGCCUAAUGCCACCGCUAGUGGUUGUGUAUCGUUGGCUCUGGAUGAUGGACUCUGGGACACUGAAGACUGCUCAACGGAAUAUCCGUAUAUUUGCCUCAUGGAUGUUAUGGAUCAUUCACACUAAUCACACUCUUCCCAUACUGCCUUGAGUAACAAUCAUGCUCUUUGUGUGACCAUAUCACUCUUUUGUGGUGGAUUUGAAUGACUUGGUUUACGAUUGACUCUUUGUAUCUUCUUCCGCAAUGCUUAAUAAUU